AUGGACGGCCGCCUAGACGCUGACUUGUACCCUCUGGGAUCCGGCUACGUCCCUGAAAUUGACAGUGUCCAUGACAUAUCAGCUGGCACAAAGAGGGGAUCCGACGAACUCUUUUCUUCCUGCAUAUCCAACGGACCCUAUAUCAUGAACUCAGCCAAUGGCAACGACAGCAAAAAAUUCAAAGGUGACGUCCGCAGUCCUGGUGUUCCGUCACGUGUGGUCCAUGUACGCAAGCUGCCCAACGACAUAAAUGAGGCUGAAGUUAUUGGCCUGGGACUGCCCUUUGGGAAGGUCACUAAUCUGCUGAUGCUGAAAGGCAAAAACCAGGCAUUCUUGGAAUUGAACAGCGAGGAGUGCGCACAGACGAUGGUGAGCUACUACUCCUCUGUUACCCCUGUCAUCAGAAACCACCCCAUUUACAUGCAAUACUCCACCCAUAAGGAGCUCAAGACGGACAACUCCCCAAACCAAGUGCGUGCCCAGGCAGCUUUGCAGGCAGUUAAUGCACUUCAUGGAGGAGGAAUGGGAAGCGUGGCCAUUUCUGCUGAUGCUGGAAGCAUGGCUGCAGCAACAGCUGCGCAAAGCCCUGUACUCAGGGUCAUAGUGGAAAACCUCUUCUACCCUGUUACCCUGGAUGUACUACACCAGAUUUUCUCCAAGUUUGGUACGGUGCUGAAGAUCAUCACGUUUACUAAGAACAACCAGUUCCAGGCUCUGAUCCAGUAUGCUGAUGCCAUGACAGCUCAGCAUGCCAAGAUGUCUCUGGAUGGGCAAAACAUCUACAAUGCUUGCUGUACUCUGAGAAUCAGCUUCUCCAAGCUCACUAGCCUCAACGUCAAGUACAACAACGACAAGAGCAGGGACUAUACCCGACCAGACCUUCCAACUGCAGAUUCACAGCCCUCCAUUGACCCCCAGACUAUGGCAGCUGCUGCAUUUGCUGCACCAGGUAUAAUCUCAGCCUCUCCUUAUGGUGGAGCUCAUGCCUUUCCCCCAACCUUUGCUAUCCAGCAAGCAGGUCUGUCGGUGCCUGGUAUUCCCAGUGCCUUGGCAUCCCUGGGUGUGGGCCCCACCGGCAUGGCGGCUGCAGCAGCAGCCGCUAGCCGGCUUGGCCUGUCAGGGCUUGCUGCCACUGGGGGACACAAUGUCUUGUUGGUCAGCAACCUGAACCCUGAGAGCGUUACGCCACACUGCCUCUUUAUUCUUUUCGGUGUGUAUGGCGAUGUGAUGAGAGUGAAGAUCCUGUUCAAUAAAAAGGAGAAUGCUCUGAUCCAGAUGUCUGAUGGCACACAGGCUCAACUAGCUAUGAGCCAUCUGAAUGGCCAGCGUCUUCACGGCAGAGCCAUGCGUGUGACAUUGUCAAAACACACAACAGUUCAGCUUCCCAGAGAAGGCCAUGAGGACCAGGGCCUCACAAAGGAUUACAGCAACUCUCCGCUGCAUCGUUUCAAGAAGCCUGGCUCCAAAAAUUACUCCAACAUCUUCCCACCCUCUGCAACGCUCCACCUCUCUAACAUACCGCCUUCUGUGGUGGAGGAUGAUCUCAGGAGGCUAUUUGCCAGCUCAGGAGCAACAGUCAAGGCUUUCAAGUUCUUUCAAAAAGACCGAAAGAUGGCUCUGAUCCAGAUGGGCUCAGUCGAGGAGGCAAUUGAGUCCCUCAUCGAGUUCCACAACCACGAUCUGGGAGAGAACCACCACCUUCGAGUGUCCUUCUCCAAGUCCACCAUCUGAGUGCCUCUCCUUUCACCCUCCAAGUUUAUUGCCAUCUGAUUGCUACUACUCUGAUGGUUGCCUUCAGUGGAAAUGGCCACCAUUACUUAUUUAUAGCUGUUUCUUUGAAUGUUGCUCCUUUCACAGCAAAUCAUUCCCCAUCAUUAAUAGGUUUAAAAUUGUUUGAUGUAAUUCUCUUCCGAGCACAAAAAAAUGGGGGGAAACUUGAUUUUUUUCUUGGUUUAUGUUGUAAACACUUAAGUUGGUGUCAAAGCUUUUUAAAUUAAAGUGUAGAAAAAUGGCUGGCAUGAGGUGUUUGAAAAGUCAAGAGAUCUAUGAAAGUGGGGAAAGCAUGGAUGUGUUAAUGAUGGCUCUACUUAGGAAGGUCCUGCUUUCAUGCAUGCUGGUUCACUAUCACGGCUUACUGGGACAGCCAUCAUUAUUAUACCUUUGCUUCCCCACUGUGACUGCUCAGAAGGUCUGCUGUGAAAACGUCUAUUCUCCAGUAUUAUCCUUCAAAUUAAAAAAAAAAAAAAAAAAAAACACCCUGAAUUUGAAAACUAUGCCAUCGUCAUAAACUGCAGCAAGUAGUUCUUUUUCAUUUCUCCCUGUAGGCAUUUCAGCCAUGAGUUACUAAACAUUGCUGGCUUCAUUAAUCUGUUAAAGUAACAGCAUUCUGUUAUUCAGACACUUGUCACUUACAUAGCAAUGUUCCUCAUGCCUUCAUUCAGACAUCAGUGACAAUGAUGGAGAGAGCUGCGAUACCUGCAGAAGACUUGAGUGUGAGCAAGUACUGUCAGUAACAACUGCAGUGAAGUGAAACCACACACUGAUAUUCUUUGCAUCAUCGUCACCAAGAGCAGGGUGUUUGUUGCACAGUGCUGAUCAUAGGGCAGUACACCGUUCCUCCCGCAGGCACUCGGAGAUCUCUUACAGAUCUUCAAAUACAUUUGUGUGUACGUUAUUUAAGGCAUUCUCUAGUUAGCUGAUCAACUAACAGAUGCACUAGAGACAUGGACAGAGGUAAUCUUGUGCAUGCGUACCCCUUACUGUGACUGCAUGCACUCAGACUUGUGCUAUGUUGAAAGUCUAGGUCCAACUUAGUAAAAAAUGCUGCCACAGCUUUUCCGAGUAAGACCGGGGUGUUCAUUUAGCACAAACCUGACACGUUCAGAUGCUGUCAGAUUAUUGGAAGGGAUUGCAUGUCUAUCGCUUUGUCCUUCAAGCUUUGUUACAAUUGCUAGGUCUUGCUUGUAAGAAUGUAAAAGCUGUUCACAUGCAUUCUUGCAAAUGAAACAGUUCAUCUGAAAUUUGGAGGUCAGCAAGUGGGAUUAAAGCUUUAUUGGGAGGAGUCUCAAAUCCAGUUGAGGACAGGUUGUUAGCGACUAAAUCCAUGAGGUUGCAUAUGGGGUCCUGGGAAAGAAGCAACAUUCUGCAAUGGAACAUGUUUGUGUUUUUUUUGUUUUUUUGUUUUUUGUUUUUUUAAAUUGGAGGGUAGAGGCAGCUGUUGAACUGUCCUUUUUAAGACCAAAUCACUUAAACACCCUCCGCCACAGAUGUAUGCUUAUGUGGAUGAGUUGUAUCCGCACCAGACACACUUCAGCAUUCCUUUUUAUUACAGUAGCUGUGUUGAGAUAUGUGUGUGUGUGCGUGUUUGCCUUUUUUGAAAUGCCACUUUGAACCUGUUUGGCCAGUGAGAAACGGUUUAAGACAAAGGAUUUAGUUUUGACUCGGAGACCAUCAAACAACUUAUUUUCCAGUGUCCUUUUUUUUUUUUCUUUUUUUCUUUAAAUUGUGACUUUUCCACCUAUUUACUUCUGGGGAUCCAUAACCACUAUCAGAAAUGAUUCAAUAGUCCUUUUUUGCAGCAGCAAUUUUAAUGUGAAAUGGAAGGUAAGCACAAGUGUUAGUAAUGAUACUAAUGAAGGUUCUGUAAUGUUUAGGUGCAGAGCCUUAAUUAGUAUGAUUAGUAACACCCUCCUGCUAUUUCAUAUCUCAAUGGCUGCUGUGAACGAGACCUGUUUGGAUGUGUUCUUCUUUCACUUGUCUUUCUCUACAGUCGUGUGCCUUACUUUGAAUUUGCUCCUGCCAGAUUUGCGCUGGCUUAAUUUGGAAAUGAUAUGGCUCUCAUAUUUUUUUUUUUUUUUUUUAAAUUCUCUCCCUCCCCACACACCCCCUUUGGUUUGUACCAGCGUUGUUAAAAUGAGGAAGAGUGGCUCAUUUAAUAUUGUUUCUUGUUAAAAACAAAUGUUUAUCUUUGUAUGCAUAUAGCCCCAUUAUAUGUAUCUAGAAACUAUGAAUGUAAGUUAGUUAGAUGCUUAAUAUCCUUGCUAGGUGAUGUAGCUCUGUUAGGUGUGUCAUUGCAGGCAUAGAGCUGUGUUCAGCCUUCUUGUCUUAGUCCCCUUUCACUCUCACUGAGUCCUCAGGACAGUGGUGUUUGGGGCCUCAUUUAACCACAUUACAUUCAUAUAUAUGUGGACACCUAUAUAUUCAUUUAUCUCUUCUUUUAAACGUUGAAAUUUAUUUGUAUCAUUUCUAAGCUUAACUGAUAGCUUUUGUAGUAGCUCGGUUUGGUCGCUAUCUCAGUGCCUUGACUCCUUAAGUUUUUAAGGCCGAAACAGGCGUGGUUAGUUGAUUUUUACCUCUCAUUCAGGUGUUGUAUCUUAUCCUGUCUACAAAGAUGCCUUUAUCCCAUUAUAUUCAGGUAAUCUUAUCUGCGACAGGGCAGCUUGGACUCAAUUGUAAAUUGAUGGUAAUGACAGUCUUGGACGUGUUUAAAACCCCAGUAUAUAUAUUUUUUUCUUAAAUUUAUGAUACCAGAUUUACAGGGUGAGAGAGCCCUCACCCAGUACCCUGUCUGUGUACAUUUGGGCCACAGUCAGGUGUGUAGUGCACUUUUUACUUGUAACUAGAUCCAUCACGCUGAAGUCUUACACGUCGUCACAUUCCUGUGUGCCUCAAGCACCAGUUUCCACAGCCUUGACCACUGUUGUCUUGGACCAGAUACAGAUGUGCUCUCUAUUUUUGUAAGAUUCUUAUGCAUGAUUUAACAAAGCUUCAUGUAGCUGCAGACGGUUAUUGCUGUUAAGGACCAAAGUAUGUUCUACCCUUGCUGUUUUGUAGUGUUGUGAUUUCUUGAGGGUUUUUCUUUCACAUUACAACAAACACGAGGCUUCAUUUCCUAUUUCUAUUCCUCAGAUGCCUUGGAAAAAAGUCACAUUAAGUUAAAUUGCCUUUUGAUUAACAACAUAUACUGUAUAUUGUACCCCUUUUGUUUGAUUGACUUUACAAAGAGCCUGCUUUGGUAGAGAUCACUUAGAAUGGAUUCUUAAUUGAACCACAGUCCUAGCUGUGAUGUUGACAGUGUAGAAAAAUUGUAUACCUUUCAAUUUUGUUAAAAGCUUUUAUUUUUCCUCUUUUUUUUUUCUUUUUUUUUUUUUUUUUAUAUAUAUGGGGGUGGGGGUAUUGUAUGAAGCGGGGUUGAUGGUUGUAUAUAUUCAUGUUUUUGUACCACAAAAAUCAUUUGGAUUACAUACACAUACGUUCAAAACAUGUAUAUUUUGAUAAAACAGCACAGACCUAUUAAGCUCUCCUGAGCUGUAAAACAAAAACUUUUGUAACACAAAGACAUUAAACCUAUAUGAACACA